AUGACACGACCCACCAAAGCAAUGCCCAUCGUGGCACUCUUGGCUACCAGCGUCCUCGCGCAGACUUCGACUCAGAUCAACGACCCUGCUGACACUGCCGUUACAACUCUCACCCUCUCCGUGUGCCCUACCGCUGUGACCACUACAACUACUCUAUCUAGCACAAUCACUUGGUGCCCUGACGGCGGCAGCUGCAGCGGAGGCCCGCCUGCCAUUACACCUCCGCCCGUCGUCGAUGGCAUUGGCACCGAGAUCCUUGCAUUCACCACGAUAUAUCCCAAUGGCGAUGUCGGUGUCUACCAUGAGUACCUGACCGUGUACCAUCAUCCGAAUCCUACGGGUACAGGCAUGCAGGCAGUCACUUAUACCAUCACCGAGGCAUGUCCAUGCGAAACAAGAAACCCACUCACAAUUCCUGAAGGCUUCACUACGACAGUCACCGUCUGCAGUGUUUGCGGCGAGAAUGGCGCUGCUGCAACCGUCACAAUCACGACCCCUUGCGCUACAGGCGCGUAUGCAUCUGUUACUCCAGUCGUUGGUCCUAUUGCAGAUAGCGGAUCCGGAUCUGGCUCGGGAGCUGGCAGUGAAAGUGGAAUUGGCUCCGGUUCUGGAUCUGGAAGUGGCUCUGGUGCUGGCUCAGGAUCUGGCAGUGGCUCCGGUGCUGGCUCAGGCUCCGGCACCAGUAGCGGCAGUGGAAGCGGCAGCGGUUCAGGUUCAGGAUCUGGCAGCGGAAGUGGUUCUGGUUCCGGUUCAGGAUCUGUUAGUGGCUCAGGAUCUGGAGCUGGAAGUGGUGCCGGCUCUGGAACAGGCUCUGGGUCAGGAGCUGGGUCUGGGGUAGGAGCUGGAUCUGGCACUGGAUCUGGCGCUGGCUCGGGUUCAGGCUCAGGUGCUGGAUCUGGAUCUGGAGCUGGAGCUGGAGCUGGAUCUAGUUCUGGUAGCUCUAGGGUUGAUGUCGGCGAGGACAGCGGGAGCGAUUCUGCCUCUGGAAAUACUUCGAAUGCUGCAGUGGGAGGUCCGUCAAGCAACAGCACUGUCUCACCACCUAUCACUCCUUCCACUCCUGCGAAACCGACAUUCACUGGUGGAGCAGACCAUACAACUGCUUUGGUACUCUCUGGAGUUAUGGCCGCUGUUGUGGGAUGUCUAGCUUGGACUUUGUAG